AUGCAAUCCUUCAAGAAACACCAGAAAGAGCGUCUCGAAAAUGUUAAGAUAAGUUAUGAAACACGCCUCAAGGAGAGGAACCCAAAAAAGGAUGGCCUGGUUUGCACCUGCCCAGAACGCCUCAAGGAGAGGAACCCAAAAAAGGAUGGCCUGGACAGAAUGGUUGAAAGGGUUGAUCCGCUAGUCAAUAUGGGUCAGAUUACCAGGGUUACUGUCCCAGUAAAUCUUGCCCUUGUGGUUGUUGCAGAGGUCGAUGAUCUUACGUUGGUGUUGGUAAGAGCUACAAAGAAUAAUGAAUACUCUGACCUUUUUCAUGCUAUUCCAUGGUCUCAGGGGACACUCGGACUCCUUGUUGCUGCUGAGAUUAAGCUUAUACAUAUUAGGAACACAUGA